GGCUGGUUGCUGGCGCUUAUUUCAUGCACUGCUCAAGAGUCCAUACCCAAGCUGUCACAGGCCGUCUUGCACAGAGGCGGAGGGUGACGAAAACAAGCUUCUGUUUCGAUAUGACGUAGGUAAAGCCUGGACACCCACAAAGGAUCACGGCGCGCGAAACUCGAUCUGUCAAUAAGCAUAAAUUAGUUAGCGAUAGUUUAUGGCUCACGGAAUAAAAAAAAUGAGCAAAAAAGACAACGGAGGUUUAACAGUCAUAUUUGCUUACCUAAACGAGAAGAACCGUCCUUACAGUGCCCAAGAUGUCUUUAACAAUUUACAGAAGCAGCACGGCCUGGGAAAGACGGCUGUGGUUAAAGCCAUGGAACAGUUGGCACUGGAAGGGAAGAUCAAAGAGAAAACCUAUGGGAAGCAAAAGAUCUACUUUGCUGAUCAGGCCCAGUUUGCAGAGGUGAGUGAGGCAGAUCUGAAGGCCAUCGACAGUCACAUCUCUGACCUCAGCACACAGGUGCAGGCUAUCUCUCAGGGCUGCAGACAGCUGGACGCAGAGCUGAAGGAGCUCAACAGCUCCCUGACCACAGAGGAAAUGAUAUCAGAGAUCCAGGAACUAAAAGAAGGGUGUUCUGGUUACAGGGAGCAUCUGGAGAAGAUCAAGUCAGCGACCAAUCAUGUCACACCAGAGCAGAAGGAGAUGGUUUACAAGGAGAGACAUCUCUACGUGAAAGAGUGGAAGACGAGGAAGAGACUGGCAGCUGAUAUGAUGGGUUCCAUUUUGGAGGGAUACCCCAAGACCAAGAAGCAAUUUCUGGAAGAAGUUGGUGUGGAGACUGAUGAGGACUGUAAAGUGACUAUGCCAAGUACCUGACAGAAUGUUGGAGGAUCUUUGUUUACUUUGACUUGAAUGUCAAUUCUGAGGGAGUAUUAUGCCAUCAAAACUCAUUCCAGGAAUAACUAGUUACUAUUUGUAAUGUUUUGUAAUAAAAUACCUUGUACAGGGGUAUACUUUAAAGUUUAUUUUGCAAUUAAAAAUCAUUCAUACGAAA